UGAAAUUCAGGCGCGCAGUUGUUUAAUCGUCGACGAUGUUGCAUAGUGGACCGUGAUAUAAUUGGAAAACACAUAAACAGAUCGUCAGAAGAUAAUACGGGCGUAACGUAUUGCAGGACUAGGUUGCUUGCAGUACUGAAUCAAAAUGGAAUCAAUGGAUGCACAUCUUGUGGCACAAGCAUUGAACUACCAUGGCCAACAGUUGCAGAAAGUGUGGGAGGGAGAACGCAACGAAAAUGAGCUGGCCAUGCUCAAUCUCAAGGAACCAAAUUUUGAGAUCUAUCAACAGCGGCAAAAGACACUUAGUUUUGGUGAUAGAGGGAAAAGGCUAAAGCUGCAACAAUUCCUUGCAAAGAAGGCAGAUGCCCUCUAUGAUAAGUCAAAUUUGGAGAAAACAGUUGAUCCUAUCAAGCAGGAAUUAGGGGAUGAAGAAUUUUAUGCAACAAUGCCUGGCCUAGACACUUUUGUCACCAUGGAAAAAUCUCAACGUAUACGUAAUUUUUUGGAGAGUUUGGUGGUUGGAGAUGUUAUAUACGCGCAAGUAAUGGGUAAAAGUGCUGCUGGGCUUCUUCUGAAGGUGCUUUGCAACUGCAGUGACUGCCCCAGAGUUGUUACUGAUUUAGGAGUAAAGGCUCUGAUAUUGAACACGGCCACAGUGCCGGCGGUGGACAAGAAAGGUGUUACAAGAAGCUACAUGGCAAAUGAUCUCAUCUGCGUCGUAGUCAGUGAAGUUAACGUUGAAGCUGAGCGAGUUGUUGCAGUUAUGAACGUACCUGCCCGUGAAGGGCAAGCCCCACACCCACCUAUGGGACUUAUCCAUUCUGAUGACCUUCCAGAAGCAUAUAAGAAAGCUAUGGACAACAAGGGCCAAUCAUACGAAGCGAUGUUGGAGAAUAGUACUGGCUUCAACAACCCCAACAACAUUAAAUAUCUAUGCGACUUGAUGGGCCUUGGCCAAGAGAACCAUUCCAAUAUGGUUGGUUUAAGGGAAAGAUUUCCACCUAAUGAGUAUGCGUCUGAAUUAAGGCAGGCGCAAGCUAGUAAGUGGGCGUUUCGAAGCGUGGCUGAAGGAAUAGACCACUUCAAGGCCGGCCGCCAUACAGAAGCCUUUCAGUGUCUCAACAAAGCACUGACCGUAGAUCCACGAAACGUUGAAGGACUCGUAGCGCGUGGAGCAUUAUACGCCAACAGCGGAAGUUUCAAGAAAGCAAUCGAUGACUUCGAGACUGCGUUGAAGUUGAAUCAGACUCACGCCAACGCCCGCAAAUACAUGGCAGAGACUCUAGUUGCUCUAGGUCGAAGCUUCGAGGACGAGAAAAAGUACGAAGAUGCACAGAAAGCGUACGAGAAUUGCUUGGCGAUCGCUCCUUACCACGAAGAAGCUAGGAACUCGAUCGAGUACAUCAAAUCCAAGACUUUGACCACCACUUUAAAUCCUUUGGAUACGUUCAAGAGUUUUGAGGCCGAGAACGAUGUCGGUGAAAUUAAAAAGGAGAAGAAGAAACGCAAGAAGGAGAGAAAGUCGAGAUCGAAGAAGAGACAGAGGUGGAGUUCCAGCUCGAGUUCAUCAUCGAGUGGAUCUUCGAGCUCCUCCAGCUCGGAAUCCAGCAGUUCUUCUUCAUCUGGAAGUUCGAGAUCAGCAUCCCGAUCGCCUAGUCGCAAACGGAAGCAUAAGAAAGAUCAUCGUGGGUCUCUGUCGCCUUUGAGCAAACGCAUGGCCCAGUACAACAAUCCACCAGCUGCUACCACGGCUGCUCACGAUGUGAUAGCGCCUGUUGCGUAUACCUCAAACGCCCGCGAUAAGAUGGACGACUACGAGAUAAAAGUGAGAAAGUUUUUAGAACAGACUAAAGACGACUCUGAUUACGAAGAUAAGGUAAGGAAGUUUUUAGAGGAAACUGCUAGGUGGAAGAGAGAAAGGGAAAAGGAAAAGAAACAUUCAGAAAGCGAGAAAAUGAAGAAGAAGAAGAAGAAAGAAAAGAAGGGGAAAGACAAGGAAAAAGAGGACAAGAAAAGUCGAAAGAAAAAGAAGAAGGAAGAGAGAAAGAAACGGAAGAACAAAGAUAAGCUUGAACGGGAUUUGGAAGCAUUGAAAAAGUCGUCGUUGCCGGAUUUGGAACAGUUGGAGUCAAAAUUGAAUGCGUACUAUGCAAAAGUUGAAAAAGAGACCGCUGUUUUGAAAAGGUAUGUAGCUCAGUAUAAUGACAUACCUUCCCCUCUUAGCAACGCGGAGAAGCUCGCUGAGAGUUCCCGAAGGGAGGAGGAGCUACGCAGGGAGAGGGAAAGGGAGAGAGAUGAGGCUUCGAAGGCGUAUCACGAACGGGAAUCUAGAGUACCGAUGACCGCACAGCAACGCAAAGAGAUUCAACGGAAACCGCUAACGGAUAUAUUCGAGCAGGAGUCACAGUUAAUUCAUCCCGAGCCAAAGUUACCCACCCUAGAUACAGCUGCGUUGAAUGCCAAAUGGAAGGCUGCACAGGCUGCUAGGCAAAAGGACAUUAUGCCUCAGAAGUGGCAAGAUGUUGCUCCGGAAGGUAAAAAAAUGCAGCCAAAUGUGGACAGCGAGGAGGACGACGAUAACGAACUUGAAGAGAAAUUGCAGCGUGCUGCUUUGGAGAAGUCCAUGAACAUCAGAAAACAAAUGCAGCGCGAACUCGCGGAGAAGAGAGCGGCACAAGUUCAGCCAAUGUCCGCACCGACACCUCCGCCAUUACCCAAAGAACCACCGAUACCGAAACAGGCGCCGGUGAAGUAUCCUACACCGCAGCCUCAGAAUAAGUUCCAGUCGUACAAAGACCCCUCGUUGUCUGCGCCACAGGCGGCACCAACGAAGUUCAGCUCGAACAAUCUUGGCGGAAAAUUCCAGCCAAUCGGACAGAGUGGUAACAGUGGUGUUGGUCAUCCGCCAGAGCCACCACGUCCACCACCACCAACAAAGAACCAGAAUCAAGCCAAAGGUCCCAGAACAGACUCCGACAGCGAAGCAGAACGGCAACACAGACAGACGCCUAAAAAACGAGAAUCUAGCGGUAGAGGUGGUGUGUCCAAGAGAAUGAGUAGGGAUCGUCCAGCGAAACGUUCACGCAGCAGGUCGCGCAGUGCCUCCAGUUCUGGUUCUUCGAGAUCUCGAUCGCCCAGGAGAAGCCGAUCUCGAUCGUACUCGAAUAGAAGAUCAGGCAGUUACGAAAGGAAAUACAGUCGGUCUCCGUCAGGCACUUACAGUAGAUCACGCUCUAGGUCACGGUCCAGAUCGUACACCAGGAGUCGUAGUCGCAGCAGGUCCGGCGACAGGAGUUACUACCGCAAGAGACAGUUCAGACCGUACAACAACCGUGGCACUUACUACAAACCACGCUUCCAAGGCUUCAACAACCCGAACCAUCGCGGAGGUGGCAAUAAUUUCCAGAAUCGCAACCGGUUCUACAAUAAUCAGCACAACAAUCGGUUUGCUAAUAGACGCGGCGGUGGGUUCAACAACCGCGGUGGCGGAAGAGGACGCGGCGGCAAUCGUGGUGGUAGAUUCUUCCACAAUAAACAAGGCUUCCGCGACUUCAGGGACAGACGAGACUUCAGGGAUCGUCGCGCCGCCUCACGCGAUCGUUACAGCGAUCGUAGCUAUUCACCUGACCCAAUGAGAAAGGUUGACGAGGCAAAAGAGAAAAUCAACAAGAUGCUCGAGGGUGGUGACGAUGUUAUGGAGCAUCAACAGGGUGGUGGAGGAUCGAACGUACCUCCUAGCAAGAGGCAAGACGGACCUUUGAGCGAGGGCGAAGAGAGGGACGAUGAUGACUACGAGAGGUGGGGAGAGGGCGAGGGGGGCGACACAACUAACAAGAAUGAGGAGGUUGGACCUGACAUCGAGAACCUGGACGGCAAGGAGUACUUCAUUGAGCGCAUGAAGCAGCGAAGCAAGAAUGUUUUAAUGCAGAGAGCCCUUGCUGCUAAGAUUUGGUAGAAACUCCCCCGGUUGCCGUCGUUGCUGCUUCGAUUCUUCUCCUUCGUCUGUGAUAUAAUUACACUUGUCCUCGACGUUAAGACAUCGACCGGGUCACGUGAGACAGAAGUCUUGAACAGCAUCGUACCGAACACAUUCGGUAUAUUUCAACGAAGUGAAAGAAAAUGAAGAGAACAUACGAGAGACAGUGAGAGAAAGAGAGAGGUGGAUGGGGGGAUGUAUCGUCUAAGUAAUAUUACAACUCGGUGGUCAUGACGGUCGAGAGAAAUGCAACAAUUUUCUCAUACAUUUUCUUUUAACGUUUAUCGAGCCGGCGAUAAGUUGGCGAACCAGCGUCGUUUCGCUCGAUUGUCAUGCUCGUGCAUAAAUAUCUAUGAUAAGUAGUAAAUAUUCAUAGAACAGGAUGCGCGUUUGCAUCGAGAACGAGUACAUCGUGCGAAAGAACGCCCCCUCGGUUUCCUUGUUUUUAUUAUCGUUAGCGGCAAAAUUUUACACGUAUACUUCGAUCAUAGUACUUAUUUUCAUAUCGUAGCGUCGUUUUAUUUACUUUAUAACUGGAAUGUCGCGUAAGUAUUAAGGGUGGAAAGAAAACUAAAAGAAAAAGAGAAGCUUCAACUGUAGCGUGCACCAUUGAAGGAAAGUAUUCGGUCGCAGUUACACAAUUCACGCACACGCGAGUGGCUUUUCAUUAUCAUUCAUUAUCAGGUUUAGAGGAUAAUCCUUCGACUCUUUUUAACGAGGGAAACGAAAGGUUUACUUUCCGUUUGGGAUUCUUUUCUGUUGAAGUUUUAAGCGUCACACGCCUUACAUUUGGAUCAUUUUGCGUUUGACGAUAAAACGAGAGAAGCAUACGGAUUACAUCGAUUUCGAGUCGCGCUUGAAUCGCCUGUGGCACGAGGAAGAGACUCUAUUUAUAGCGAGGAAAACAGUUUGGAUUCGUCAUACGUCGAGAGCGAAUCCUUCUUGGAUCCUCAUCCCGCAAUGAUUUCGUUCCGGAACACCAGUUUAUCAUGGCCCCCUCUUUAUUACGAAUACUUAUUUUAAGGUAUCAUACAAAGUAAUUUACCUAGUAAGACACUUAUAUAUGUUGUAUGUAAACGAGUUACUGUCCAAUUCAAAGAGAUCCGCAAAUACAUAACACGAAAACACAAAGUCAACAAGACUUCUUCGCCUAUCUUCUUUGAAACGCUUUAACCCGUUAAAAAAAAAAUGCAUACGUGUAUAGUUUUGUUUUGUGUGUAAUUUGUUAUAUUUUUUUUAUCUCGUCGAUGCGCCCAUUUCCAGACCAUUACCACCAGACGGGAAACUGGUUUAUUGAUAGCGCCCACUGAUUUGGAUAUCGCGCUCUGCACAUUCGCAUUUAAGUAUUUAAACAUGGUCUGCACGAUUAACCCACGCAUUUGUUCAACGACUCUUCGAGGAAAAUGAAGUUCUUGCACGUAAGU